AUUAAUAUUAUUAUUAUUACUAUUAUUAUUAUCAUUAUUAUUAUUAUUAUUAUUAUCAUUAUUACUAUUAUUAUUAUUAUUAUUAUUAUUAUUAUUAUUAAUAUUAUUAACAAAGAGAAAAAAAAAGAAGUUUCACAAAAAAUAUAUUUCUUUUGCAAUUCCGCCCACACCGCCCACUCAUCAGAUCGCCUCCGUGUGCAGUAUUUCCGUGGGCGUUGUGAUUGUGCUUUGUGGCGUGCUUGCCGUCAGUGUGGUGGGCGGCUUGACCACGCCCAUCAUCAUCGGCUCCGUCCAAACAGCUGUUGGAGUGUUGUUCGUGGCAGCAGGUGGCUACGGCUACAACAGGUACAAGAACCUUCGUCAUGCGCAGAAGGUGGCGAUGGCGACGAAGGCCCAGGAGCUCGCCUUGGGGUACGGCUCCGAGACAGCUAUCAUCGACAUGCUCGGUUUCGUCGCCCCCGUGUUGGCUCUGAUCCCAACCGAUGGCAGUGUUGUAGAAGCGGCUGCUGGAAGUACCUCUAAGAACGUGGAGGGGACUGUUGGAAAUACACCCGAGGACGAGGAAGGAAUGAAGACUCCUGUUAUCAAGUUAAGGCCUGGCUUGGUGCUGAUCGAAGGCCUGAGGGGCAGGGACGGCAGACCGGUGGCCGUGUGCAUGGAAAACCUGUACGACGGACCAGUCAGGCUGUACCCAGGGAUGUCACCUUACCAUCUCCUCACUGUCCUCCUGGUGGUCCUCGGGCUAACCUUCGGCAGUUCGGCCGUCCUCGCUCUAGCCGUGAGCUUCCCUGUCGAUGCGAGUGUGGCCAAAAACUGCUUGGCGCUGGGGGCGGUCGGCGGCGCACUGGUUCUCCUCGCCGCCUGCACUGGGUACCGUGUCCACAGCGCCUACGCGAAGGGGCGCAGCCAGCAGGACAGGAGCUAGGGCAUGUUGUCAAGAGGCAGACUUUGUAAUGGCUGUCACGUUUCGACACUUCUGAGAACUGUCUUUUGUUCUAAUCGUAUCUCUUUAAAACAGAUCUGUAGAUAAGUUAAUAUAGAAGUAAAUGUACGAUAAACACACACACAUACAUAUAAUAAUGAUAAUAACAUACACACAUACAUAUAUGUGUGUGUGUGUGUGUGUGUGUGUGUGUGUGUGUGUGUGAGUGUGUGUGUGUGUGUAGGUGUAUAUAUGUUUAUAUAUAUAUAUUAUAAAUAAAUAUAUAAAUCAUAUAU